UACCUUGAGUUGGAGACGGGGACGCCUGUAUGUUUCAGGGACCAGGAGUGUGACCGAUUUGAUGGGACAUAAGGAGCGACUAUAUAUGUAGCGCGUCGCACCGCGCCACCGCGCUCCGCCAGCCGGCAAGGCGACAACAAGAACAAUGACAAGGACACUACACCUUUGUCGAGCAUGGAGACCUGGUUUGAGAUGGAAGUCUCAUGGUUCGCAAUCGCAUGGUCCCUUCACCGAUGCACAGCUUGUCUGCAGCCUGAUUCAAUAGCAGCUACGAGACCGCAGGCUGCAGGAGCUUCCACCCUGUCCGAGUUGGACACACAAACCUUCGAGGUCUCGGCUUCAAGUCGUGCGAGCUGAUCCUCUGCUACAAGUCGAGGGCACUCGCAAAGCGCUUCAAGACUUGAAUUUGCCACAGCUUUCGGCAUCCUGAAUUCAGAGCAAUUAUCACAAUGAAUACAAAAGCCGCGUCCGAGCGCCAUCAUCGGCAGCUGAUGGAGCUUGUUAAGCUCUCAGGCAAUGACACGUGCGCUGAUUGCACGGGGCGAAAUCCAAGAUGGGCAUCGUGGAACCUCGGUAUCUUCAUCUGUGUCCAAUGCGCCGGCGUGCAUCGGAAAAUGGGAACCCAUAUUUCCAAAGUGAAGUCUCUGACACUAGAUACUUGGACACGAGAACAGGUAGAUAGCAUACGAGGGAUCGGCAAUGUCAAGUCAAAUUUACUCUUCAAUCCUGACCCUCUCAAGAACCGGCCGCCUACGAACAUGACGGAGGAAGAGCGAGAUAGUGAAUUGGAAAAGUUCAUACGUCGGAAGUACGAGUUCCGUCGAUUCGUGGACCGGGCAAAACCGCCACCAGUUCCGUUGAAGGAUCCAAGAGACCGCAUACCUCACCACCCUGUUAGCCCGGCACCGAGGAGCGGAAGUCGUCCCCCUCCUCAGACACCCUCCAGUUUCGCAGAUUCAUCUCCACUGGGUUCUCCAGAGGCGCCAAGGCAAAUGGCGCCCGGGCCUCCAUGGGCAACUGCCAUUUCACCAGGGGUCUCUGCAGCAAACAUUUCGCGGUCGCAAACCGCGCCAAGCGCAUCCAGCAGCGCUGCUUUGCAAAGUACAAUUAAUGAUAGAGCGCCACCCUCUUUGCCGCAGCGUGACAGCUCGCGGCCAGCCGCAAACAGCGGCGUGUCGCUCCAUGCACCACUGCAAUUCCAACGGGGUUUCCCUGCACAGCAGCAAGCGUCAGCGAGCACACCGUCGAAUAAGCCUGGCCAGCUAUCCAACAGCACUUUCAACGAUUUGAUAUCCUUGCAAGAUGGGCCCGCGCAGCCGCAGCCACCACUGCAGAUGAACCCCUGGGCUCAAAUGCACGCGCAGAAUCUGCCCGUUGCCAGCCCCGGCGUCAUGCAAGGUGCUUCGCAAUAUGCUUGGGCGAAUGGAAGCGGCAUUCCUGGCAGCGCAAAGAGCAUGCAGCACGCUAACACAUACCCUUUGACCAGCGCUACAGCGGGUACUCUCGGGCAGCAAGCAUUCAGUGGGCAGAUGCUGCAAACUCCGCAGCAGCUGGGCUACCCCUACUCUUCGAGUCCAGCAACGGCAACCUUUGCCGCAGCAGGUGGAGGAUUGAGCCCUGGCCCGCACACCCCGGUGUCCCCUUUUGGGAUGCCCAUGAGUUCGCAGGGCUGCCCACAGACGUCGCCGGGGAAUCCAUUCGCUGCCAUGGAAGCACGGCAAGUGGGAGCGCUCACCCCUAAUUCGGCUUUCCUUUCACCUUUCGCUGCGCAACAACAACAGCAGCAGCAACCAGGUCCGGGACAGGUGUUUGGAUGGGCGAUGCAGCAGCCCAAUUCAUUCAUAUAAUAGAGCACUCUGGAUUCGGGUGUAUUCUUAUUGAACUAGUCAUGAUAUUCGAAGCAAUGUAU